ACACAGCCCAUAUUUAACUGAACUUCCAAAGAGAAGGAGACAGAGAGAGACUAGAGGCAGCUGCAAAAAGACCAUGGCAGGGUUUCAUGUCCGUAGUGUCCUGGUGACUGGAUCCAAUCGGGGAAUUGGCCUGGAGCUGAUCAAGCGUUUUAUUGGGAAACUGAACCCACCAGAAGUGAUCUUUGCCACCUGCCGGGACCCAGAGGGAGUGCGAGCGCAGGAACUAAAAAAUUUGGCUUCCAAGCACCCAAAUGUUGUGAUUCUGCAGCUAGAAGCUACAGACUCAGCGAGCAUCAAGAGCGCUGCAAAGAAAGCUGAGGCCCAUCUGGGAGGAACUGGCCUAAAUUUGCUGAUAAAUAAUGCUGGCAUUAUGCCACCAAGCACACUUGAGUCAGCCACUCCUGAAGAUAUGUUAAGCGUCUAUAACACAAACGUUGUUGGGCCACUGUUAGUGACCCAGGCGUUCCUGCCCUUGCUGAAGAAGGCUGCCCAGGGAAGCAACCAGAAAGGGAUGAGCUGCAGCAAGGCGGCCAUUGUCAACAUCUCCACUGUUCUGGGAUCCAUUGAGAAAACUCCUGAAACGUUCUCCUUCGUGCCAGUAGUCUCCUACCGCUGCAGCAAGGCGGCGCUGAACAUGCUCACAAAGUGCCAGUCGAUGGGAUACAAGCAAGACGGGAUCCUGUGCACUGCACUGCACCCGGGCUGGGUGAAAACCGAGCUGGGAAACUUUCAACCUAAUGUGCAGGCAGACCUGACGGUGGACGAGAGCGUGAGUGGGCUCAUGAAGGUGAUUUGUGACCUCUCUGAGAAACACCAUGGUAUCCUGGUGAGCUGGGAAGGAAAUACCCUGCCCUGGUGAGAACCCUGCAUGGAGGUGUGAAAGAAUCAAGCGGCAGCAUCUGCUGAGCACUCUGGCACCUUUCUGUGCAUCUGUCAUGAAUAUGGAUGAAUAAAAAUCACUCCCUUGUGUUGAGUCUCUCCUCAGUGGUGCUGUGGGGCAGGAUACAGCAAUGGGACACAAACCAAGGAACAGAAUUACUUUAAAAGAGCAAAUUCUUCACUUAGCGCCAGCAGUGCAGAGGGCCCCACCUCAGCAGGGCCGGCUUUAGGAAGUGCGGGGCCCAAUUCGAACAUUUUCGGUGGGGCCCCGGCAGGGAUGACUAAAAAAAAAAAGUUAAAAAAAGCCUUUCAUUUCU